AUGUUAUCAGCACUAUUAUCAAGAAUAUUAAUAUUAACAGCUGGAACAUUAUAUCCAGCUUACAGGUCUUUUAAAGCUGUUCGUACUAAAAAUGUAAAAGAAUAUAUUAAAUUAAUGAUGUAUUGGAUUUGUUUUGCACUGUUUAUUUUUAUUGAAAAUAUUACAGAUGUUUUUGUUUCUUUUUGGUUUCCUUUUUAUUAUGAAACUAAAGUUCUUUUUGUUUUUUGGAUGUUAUCACCCUGGACAAAAGGUGCAUCAUUGUUGUAUAGAAAGUGGAUUCAUCCAUUUCUUUCAAAACAUGAAGAUGAAAUUGAUAUAAUGAUUGAACGAGCCAAAGAUGAAAGUUAUAGACAAGCUUUAUCUCUUGGACAAAAAGGUAUUGCUGCUGCUAAAGAUAUCAUUGCUACAGCUGCUAUAAGAGGGCAAGAACGUUUACAAAAAUCAUAUUCUAUGAGUGAUGUUUCUAAUAUUUCUGCACCAAGUACACGCAAACGUGUUAUUAAAGGAAAAGUAAGUAAAGAAAAUAUAUUGAAUGAAGAGGAGAUAGAUGAUAGUGAAGAACAACGACAAAGAAAUUGGGUUGGACAUGUUGAUGAAAAUGGACGUAUAAUUGAAGAAUUGAUUGAAGAAGAAGACUCUGGUGAUCCAGAUUAUCGUUAUGACGAAUUAGUAGAUCUCUCAAAUGAAGCAGUUGCUCAAAGAAAGAGACGUAAAUCAAAAUCUCGUUCUUCCUCCAAAUCAAGAGGUACUAGUAUUGAACAAAUGACGGAACCUGUGGUAUCCACUCGUAUUGCAAGAUCAUCAUCAAGAAGGAAAACAAAUACAUAA